ACCACAACUGAUGUCUCUCAUGAACCUUUCUAAAACGGUGUAUGGACACAAACACUUGACUUCUACUUUCACCUUUUUUUCCUGUCUUCUGAUUGUUGCUACUUCGAAUCCAACACAGAAAAGAGAAUCUCAAAUCAUUAAACACUCUGUGUUUAAAAGCCGAAAAAGGGUUUCUCAGCUUUCUAUCAUUUCCAUGAAAGUUCUGUUUUUUUUUUUUAAUUUUUCUUUAAUAAUCCUCUCUACUACUCUUCAAUUGCUGCCCUCUUUUCCGUCAUGGCUUGUAUAAACAACGAGAAUUGUAAGUUUUCUUCAUCGUCAUCGUUCUCUAAACUUCCCUUGAUUGACUCCCGGAGAUUUUCUACUGUCGAAUACGAUGAGACAGGCGACGAGUUUCCUAUCGAGAGGGUUUUCCCGGUUUACGCUAGAGGAACCUUUACUCCCGAGCCCAACCCGGUUUUGCUGGAAUUUACCAUUUCUGGUUAUGACCCUAUUUGGAAUGCUAUUAGAGAAGAAGCUAAGCUUGAGGCCGAGAAGGAACCGAUUUUGAGUAGUUUCUUGUAUGCUAGUAUCUUGUCGCAUGACUAUUUAGAGCAAGCAUUGGGUUUUGUUCUGGCUAACCGUCUACAGAACCCUACUUUGUUGGCAACUCAACUCAUGGAUAUAUUUUGCAAUGUUAUGGUACAUGACAGAUGUAUUCAAAGCUCGAUUCGCCUUGAUCUUCAGGCAUUCAAAGAAAGAGAUCCUGCUUGUCUAUCGUAUAGUUCAGCUCUUUUACAUCUGAAGGGCUAUCUUGCGCUGCAGGUAUAUAGAGUUGCACAUAAGUUGUUGAUUCAAGGACGAGAACUAUUAGCAUUGGCAUUGCAAAGCCGAGUAAGCGAGGUUUUUGGAAUCGAUAUUCAUCCGGCUGCAAGAAUUGGGGAGGGAAUAUUGUUGGAUCAUGGGACGGGUGUGGUCAUAGGUGAGACUGCUGUGAUAGGUGACCGUGUCUCAAUUUUACAUGGUGUGACAUUAGGAGGAACUGGGAAGGAAACCGGUGACCGUCAUCCAAAAAUAGGUGACGGUGCUCUUCUUGGAGCCUGCGUGACUAUACUCGGUAACAUAAGGAUCGGUGCUGGAGCAAUGGUAGCUGCUGGUUCGCUUGUUUUAAAGGAUGUUCCUUCGCAUAGCAUGGUGGCUGGAAAUCCAGCGAAAUUGAUCGGUUUUGUCGAUGAGCAAGAUCCCUCUUUGACAAUGGAACAUGAUGCUACCAAAGAGUUCUUUCGAAAUGUAGCAGUAGCUAACAGAGGGACAAUGCCAAAUGUUUCAGGAGUUGCAGAGAGAGGAGACAUUAUAAAGAGAAUAUGAGAUCAUCAAUUCAUCAUCACUAAUCCCUUCUCUCUGUUGUUAACAAACUUGCUUUCCAAUUGAUUGAGAAAGAUUUUGAUAUAUUGCUACAAAUUAUUACUGGAAAAUAAUGGAAAUAAAGAAGAAAAACCAAAUCC